GUUGCCAUAGCCAAGAUGCUCAUUGAUGCUAGUGCCAAUGUCUCAGCGAAAGAUCAUGACGGGGAGACACCGCUGCACAAGGCUGCGGGAAACUAUAACUUGGUCGAAUUGCUUGUCCACUCUGGAGCGGAUGUCUUGGCCAUCUCCAACAAUGGAUGGACCCCCUUGCACAGUGCUGCCGUCAUAGGUUGCCCGAAACAGGUACAACUACUCCUCAACGCUGGAGCUGGCAUUGAUGCGAGGACAACUAAGAGAGAGACUGCGCUGCACUUUGCCGCGGAAAGGUUUUGGGGAGAAGAAAUAGUCCAGGUGUUGCUUGGUGGCGGAGCGGAUAUCAAUGCGGCAACCGAAACUGGCGAGAGACCGCUUCAUCGCGCAGCAGGUCGAUGGCUCACUGCGGCCGUUCAGCUGCUUAUUGACAAAGGCGCUGAUACCCUUAUCGACGGAGGCGCCAAUAUAAACGCUGCCACCAAUGAUGGGGAAACAGCCCUGCAUCUCGCAGCAGACGCUGGACUGGGGGACAUAUUAGAGGUUCUUCUUGACGCUGGAGCUAAUGUUGCCGCAACCACCAGGGGUGGCGAGACACCG